UGUCAGAAAAUGGCGACUACGCCUGAUACGGCCAAACCUCCGACUAAACCGUUAUCUCUUCCCCUCUACGUUCGCGGCACAGUCGUGAAAGGUCUCGGCAGAGGCAACAAAGACCUUGGGAUACCAACUGCAAAUUUGGAUGAUGGAGCUAUAGCGAGUUUGCCAUCCGAUUUCGACAAUGGAAUAUAUUAUGGUUGGGCAAGUGUUGAUCGGACGGAUGUUCAUAAGAUGGUCAUGAGUGUUGGAUACAAUCCGCACUAUGGAAAUAGGAAGAAGAGCAUGGAGGCUCAUCUAAUUCAUGAAUUUCCUGAAGAUUUCUACGGCAGCGAGCUGAGCAUUGUGGUCGUUGACUUUUUACGUGACGAGAAGAGUUUCCCAUCCUUAGAAGCUUUGAUUGCUGCAAUUCAUGCUGACAUCAACGGAGCAAGCAUCAACUUGGACAGAAACGACAAGUAUCUUAAGAUCAAGCAAAGUCCGUUUUUCCAGCGUGAAACUACUAAGGAAGAAGAGGGAACAACCGAUGCAGUGCCUGCAAGCACGUAACGAGUCUCCUAGCUAGAUAUUGACUGUAGAAAUUGGUCUUCUUUGGAAGUUUACUUACGUUUUUGGUUCUGAUCUGUGAUUGAUUGCAAUGGUCACUUGCAGGGCAUGCUUAGCAUGCAUGGAUUGGCACCAUUGUUUGCUAUUUAUAUAAAUAUUUUAUUGUCUUUUACAGUGA